AUGGCGCCAUACGCGCCGCUCCGCCACGGCCAUAGCCGCCCUGCCGCCCAUGUCGCGCACGGCCGCUCACAUUUGAGCGCGCAGGCGAUGGACGGCGGGACGAGACGAGCUGGUGCGGGCGCUCAGGAGAUCGUCCCCCGCGACGAGGGGAGUAAAGUCGCCACCGCUUUUGCUGCUGCGGCGAACGCGGGGAGAGGGAGCGAUGGUGCGAGGCGUGAUGCUCAGGAGAAUGCUGGCGUGACGAUUAGCGAGCAGGGGAUCGGUGACGACGCCUCCAGCGAUCUCGGGACGAGCUUCGCGACGCCACGCGGCGUGGCGAUCGCGACCGGUGGGGCGAUAGCGGCGGGGGAGGCGUGCAGGACAUAUCUCGACGAUCAUCACGACGACUCGCCCGCCCCUCAUGGUGUGUUACUGACGAGCGGCGCCAAGGCGAUCGCCCCCGGUUCGCACCAGCUCGCAUCGAUGCUCCUCGAAGCGGCGGCGGACCUGUUCUGCCGCCUUCAACGGGGCCAUAGGGACACUCGCCGCAGGUCGCGACGGAGGAAGCGCACGGGGAGCAGGAUCGCUCUCCGCGGUACGUUCAUGGACCGGAGCGGCGGGCAGAUCCAUCAAGCCGACAGACAGAUGCUGCACGAGGCGCGGACGGAUGACUUCCCGCAGUCGGCCCUGCGGGACGAGAGGGGAGCGCGGCUGUCGGCGGGGGACCAGAAAACGUCUACCAGCGGGCGGGCAGACUGGCUUUAA